AUGCGCGGGGGCGGGGGCGCGCUCGCGACCGCGCCGCGGACCACGCGCGACCGCACGUACGCGCGCAUCGACGUCCCAGACCCGGAGGGCAGGCGCGAGCGCGACCAGGUCCUGUUCCAUCACCCGAACGGCCUCGUCGUCGUGUGCCUCGCGCCUCGAGUCGGCGGCGGCGCGACGCGAGAUUCGAAGACGACGACCGUCGUCGUCGACCGCGGCGCCGACGACGCCGACGCCGGCGAUCUCGCCCCGUCCGCGUCCGCGUCCGCGUCCGGCGCGCCGUCGAUCGUCUCCGUGGACUUCAGCCUCGGGAAGGGCAAGGGUCACCAGUCCAACGACGUCGUGAAGGGCGGAGGGAAGAAGAAGCGCGGCGCGAAGCUCUUGAUGGCGAACAGCGGCGUCGCGCGCGUGUCGACCGACGAUGGGACGUCGUGGACGGCGCGCGCGUGCGCGAAGGGGAGACUGCUGGAGGUGAACGAGCGGCUGAUCGACGAGCCGGGGCUGGCGUCGACGGACCCGCUGAACGAGGGGUUCUUGUGCGUGGUGCAGCCGCGCGCGGAGGACGCGCGCGAGCUGACGCGGCGGGCGGGCGCGAAGGGCGGCGGCGGCGGCGGCGGCGGCGGCGGCGAGGCGACGAACGAUGAUGAUCCCGCCGCCGCCGCCGGGGACGGGGACGGGGACGGGGACGGGGGGAACAAGCGGAAGCGCGAGGCCGCCGCGGUCGUCGUCGCGCUCGGGUUCGACGACUGA